UUUACGAUAUCAAACACAACAAUUGCUGUGAGUGACACCAGCUACCACCUUUAAGUGGAUUUCUGAAACAAGGUAGACUUCUUCACUAUGCUGAACCAUCCUCCGCCUCCCACACGUCUGUUGCUCUUACUCUCCCUCCUGUUGUUGGUGUGUGGUUGGAACAAGGCAGCCUGUUCUCUUGGGGACGGCAAGAGGAUUUGGGAGCAGCCGAAGCCGGACCCCAUCACCAAAGACCAGUCUUUCCUUCGUGACAACUUUCCUUCAGGAUUUCUUUGGGGUUCUGGGACAUCUGCCUUCCAGACAGAGGGAGCCUGGGAUCAGGAGGGGAAAGGCCUGUCCAUCUGGGACCAUUUCACGCACUCCACUGUCGGUGCUUAUUUGGCAGCUGAGACAGCCGAUGUGGCUAGUGACAGCUACACCCGCUGGGAAGAAGAUGUGGAGGCACUGGAGUAUCUCGAUGUAAAAUCAUACUCUUUUUCUCUCUCCUGGCCCAGACUCUUUCCUGAUGCGGACGCCAGAAGUCAACCCAAUACAGCUGCUGUGGAGCAUUACAGCCUUCUCAUAGAGAAGCUGCUGGAGAAGAAAAUAGAGCCCAUUGUCACCCUCCAUCACUGGGACCUGCCACAAGUCUUACAGGAGCGUUACGGAGGAUGGAAAAAUGAUUCACUGGUUGAACUGUUUGAGAAAUAUGCUGCAUUUUGUUUCCAAACAUUUGGGAGUCGUGUUAGGUACUGGCUCACAAUGCACAAUCCAUACCUGGUAGCUGUACAGGGUUAUGGGACAGGUGUGCACGCUCCUGGAGAAACAGGUGGUCCGGCUGGCUCUCUUACUGUGGCCCACAACCUAAUCAAGGCACACGCCAAAGCAUGGCACAUCUACAACACCCACUUCCGUGCAACUCAAAAAGGUCAAGUAUCCAUAGUUUUGGGAUCACACUGGGUUGAACCUCAAAGAGGCAAGGCCACAGCUGCUAAUGUUGAGCUUUGUCAGCAUUCAAUAGAGGCUGUCCUUGGCUGGUUUGCCAACCCAAUUUUUGGUGAUGGAGACUACCCAGUCUCUUUAAAAAUCAAACAUGGAAGCCUCUUGCCCACAUUCUCCCCUGAGGAGAAACUCUGGGUGAAGAAAACAGCUGACUUCUUUGCUUUAUCUUUUGGGCCUAACAACCUCCGUUUGGGCCGGAGCCUGGUCCAGUAUGGGCAGACUGUGAGCCCAGACCUGAGGCGCAUAUUGAGCUGGAUAAAGAUGGAGUAUGGGGACCCAAGGGUGCUGGUGGCUGAGGGAGGAUGGUUUUCUGAAGCCAGCGUAGGAAAGGAGGACACAGUGGCCAUUUACCUAAUGAAGAGGUUUAUUAACCAAGUGCUGCAAGCUGUCAAGUUUGAUGGUGUGCAGGUAUUUGGCUACUCUGCCUGGUCAUUGGUGGAUGGAUUUGAGUGGAAUAAUGGCUUCACUAUCAGACGAGGCCUUUUCUAUGUUGAUUUCAGCCAGCCAAAUCGAACCAGGACUCCCAAGACCACUGCUCAGUACUACAGGCAGGUUAUUGCUGACAAUGGCUUCCCAAGCGAUGAAUCCUCCAGAGAGAUCAAAGGACGUUUCCCCUGCAAAUUUCACUGGGGUAUCGCCGACUCCACUUUACAGGUGCACUUCUACCCUUUCUCACCACAGUUUACAGACACACAUUUGUACAGCUGGAAUCUAACAGGAGAUGGAUCACUUCGUCCAGUCCCAGGAGUGACAGUUCGCACCAGGCGAGCCCAGUGCACUGACUACUUGGCCAUUCGUGGUCAUGUUCGCCUGUUUGCAUCCACUGGGGCAACUCACUAUCGUUUUGCCCUAAACUGGUCUCUGAUUUUACCCCAGGGAGAUCUCUCUAAUGUUAAUACUGAAGCUCUGAGGUACUAUCGCUGUGUCCUGACUGAGCUCAAGAAGCUGGACCUGGAGGCUGUCAUUAUUCUUUACUACCCGACACACAAAGCUCCAAAUCUCGGCUUGCCUGGUCCACUGCAUGCCUCUGGCGGAUGGCUCAACAACAGCACAGUGGAGGCCUUUCAGGAAUAUGCAGCACUGUGCUACCAGCAGCUGGGGUCUUGGGUUUCCUACUGGAUCACCAUCAAUGAACCAAACAGACUGGUAGAUAUUUAUUCCAGUGGGAAAGAGAGACAUCAGGCAGCUCAUAACCUUCUGUUGGCUCAUGCAAAAGCCUGGAGGCUGUAUGAGAGACAACACUCUAGUCAAUGGGGAGCACUGGUGUCACUUGCAUUACACGCUGACUGGGUCGAACCUGCAAAUAUGUUUCUGGACUCACACAGAGCAGCAGCACAGAGAUUCCUUUUGUAUGAGCUUGGUCGCUUCUUAGAUCCAUUGCUGGGGACCCGAUUACAGGAGAAGCAUAGCAAGGGGGACUACCCACAAGAAAUGAAGACAUACCUGGAGGAGAGAGCUCGAGAAAUGGGCCUCCCUGAAUCCCCUCUUCCUAGCUUUACUGAGACUGAGAAAGAGGAGCUGUCAGGAACACUGAGUUUUAUCGCACUGAACCAUUUUACCACUCGUUUGGUCUCUCCGUAUUCACCUACGCAGGCCAAUUUUCAGCAGAGAGAACCUCCUGAUCAUGGCUGCGUGACCCUUUCCGAUCCCACAUGGCCCUUCUCCAGUUUGGGGCAGGCUCUUGUACCCUGGGGCCUGCGGAAGAUGCUGAACUGGGUGAACCUGAGAUAUGGAGGCACUCUGCCUAUCAUCGUCACAGCUAGUGGGGUUGAUGACCAGGCUUCUGUGCAGGACAAACUCAGGCAACACUUUCUCAAGACUUAUCUGCAGGAGGCCUUCAAAGCCCGCCAGUUGGAUGGAGUCAACCUCCAUGGCUUCUACUUGUGGAAGCUGCAAGAUCGACACGUCCCCCAGUUUGGCCUGUUCACUUCAAGCCACCACCAAUCCAAAGCCAAAGCCUCCACUGCAGCCUACAGAGAGAUCAUCGCUCAUGGUGGUUUCCCUGAGGAUAAUAAUAUGCAGACCUGCAGAUCUAGUGAGCUGCAUGAACCUUGCUCUGCAUGUGCAUGGAUGUUCAAGAACAAAGUGAUGCUGGUAUUUGGAGGUUGCCUCCUAAUAACAACUGUUAUGUUGGCAGCACUUAUCAUCUUUGUUAUCAUCACCAAGAGAAACCAAACAAGAGGCAGAGGGAGGGGGCUGAACAGGAUGAGCAGGAGGAGAAGAAGGGAGGGAGUUAAUGUAUGCUCAUGUCCACGUGUGAAGAGUUAACUGUAGCCACAGAGAUGCUGUAAUGCAGCAGACAAACAGUGUAUGAUAGAGAAGAGCAAUGACACUUAAAUCUGUCUGGUCUAAUAAUGCUUGUUUCUGUGCUUGGUUGGACAAUUGGUUAUAUGGGCUCUAUGGUUUGCAGUAAAGAAGAAAUGCUUUACCC